ACUUUUAUGUAUUUUAUUUAGGUACUAAACCAGACAACCAGACUUGAACUUCAGCUUUUGGAACAUUCCCUUUCAACAAAUAAAUUAGAAAGACAGAUUUCUGUUCAGACCAGCGAGAUAACUAAAUUACAAGAAAAAAACAGCUUUCUAGAAAAAAGAGUUCUUGAGAUGGAAGACAAGCACACUCUUCAGCUGAAGUCAAUAAAAGACGAAAAAGAUCAGCUUCAAGUCCUAGUAGCCAGACAGAAUUCCAUUAUAGAAGAACUAGAAAAGCAGUUAGUUACAGCUACGGUAAACAACUCUGUUCUGCAAAAACAGCAACAUGAUUUGAUGGAGACUGUUCAUAACUUACUCACUAUGAUAUCUACACCAAACUCAGCUAAGAAUAACUUCAUAGCUAAAGAGGAGCAAAUCAGCUUCAAAGACUGUGCUGAAGCUUUCAAAUCUGGACUCACAACAAGUGGAAUCUACACCUUAACAUUUCCUAACACUGCACAGGAAAAGAAGGCCUACUGUGACAUGGAAAGCAAUGGAGGAGGGUGGACAGUUCUUCAGAGACGUGAAGAUGGCAGUGUGGAUUUUCACCGGACGUGGAAAGAGUACAAGAUAGGAUUUGGUGAUCCUGCUGGGGAGUACUGGCUAGGAAAUGAGUUUGUUUCUCAAUUGACUAAUCAGAAGCGCUAUGUUCUUAAAAUAAUCCUGAAAGACUGGGAAGGAAAUGAAGCGUAUACUUUGUAUGACCAAUUCUAUCUAGCAAGUGAAGAACAAAAAUACAGGAUCCACCUUAAAGGACUUACUGGGACAGCAGGCAAAAUAAGUAGUAUAAGCCAACCAGGAAAUGAUUUUAGCACAAAGGAUGCAGACAAUGACAAAUGUAUUUGCAAAUGUUCACAAAUGCUAACAGGAGGGUGGUGGUUUGAUGCAUGUGGUCCUUCUAACCUCAAUGGAAUGUAUUAUCCAUUACGACAGAACAACAACAAGUUCAAUGGUAUUAAGUGGUACUACUGGAAAGGCUCAGGAUACUCUCUCAAAGCCACGACUAUGAUGAUUCGACCAGCAGAUUUCUAAAUGCUUUUGCAUUCUUAUGUGAAUUUUGUAUUGUAUAGUCUUCAAAGACUUUACUUUCCAAGCAUAUAAACACGUCUGCAACUCUCAUUUUCAAGCCCAGAAAACGUGCACUAGCAUUCUGAA